AUGAUCACUGCCGCACGCUAUCCUACUGCGGCUCCCACCAGCGAGCCUCAAGAAUCGGUGGUUGUGGUGGCACGUACUAUCAUCAAAGCAAUCUCUUUGCACCGUCCGAGUGAAUCAACCACCUCUUUCUUGUCUUUGGCUUCCUCUGUCACCUCUUCUUCCUUGGACAGUGACGAGAAAACCACGUUCGUUCCUUCGCCCGCCAAAAAAGCUGUUCAGGCAAGUCGCAACUACGGAACGAUGCUCCGACAUCACCGCGCGGAAACUCGCAUUGCUCAAGUCAAGCGGUCCAUCUCCCUUCCCAUUUCGAAGGAAGAGCCGUGUUGCUGCAGCGCCAAUCAGCAACACCCGUCCACUGCGCAAGUAAGCGAGCAGCAAAGCGAGAUGGAAGGUAGCGUGGGUAGCAUCUACUCGACCCGAACGUGGGCGACUGAGACCGAAGCCGAACCGUGCUCGGCUGAUGACGUAUUCGAAUAUGAUCAUGUCGACGCAUCCACCUCAAGGUACAUAGACAGAUUGUCGAUCCAGACAAUCACCAGCAGCGAGAGGAGUUACACUUUCUUCUGA